AUGUUGAGUGAAAUUGUACGAUGGAUUCAUUGGGAUCCUUGUUUCGCAUCUGGCUGUAUCUCGGCAGUAUAUCACAGGAAUUUAUUUCUACUUUUUCGAUUUGGAAAAAUGGCAGAUUUUCAAAAUAAUGGAGUUAAUCGUAAUGACAGAACCACUCUAGUCCGAACAAUUAUAAACUAUGGUGACGUUGAUCGAGACAGAUAUACGGCUGAUCCAUAUGCUUCAUAUGGAACUGCAGCAGCUAGUGACUUGAUUAGGGGUAAUGGCCAGGUGGUUAAUACACGCAGUUUAGAAGAAACAAAUCAGUAUCUUCUAAGAUCAACUGAUAUUUAUAAGGAUCCUAAUCCACAAAUUCUUCGACGACCAGCAAAUGAAGGUCCAAUAACAUGUGAACAACGAGUUCAUGUUCGAUAUCUUCAACCACCACCUGUUUCAGAGCCAGGACCAAUCAUUAUUAGAGAAGUGCGUCCACCACAACCACCACCACCUCCAUCACUUGUCAUACGCGAACAUCCACCACGUCCUCGUUCACCACCUCCACUUAUCCUACGUGAACGACCACCAACAGCACCACCACGUAUUCCCAGUGAAACAAGUGUUCGUUAUUUACCUGAAAUACCUGUUCCACCAAGAUCAGUUGUUAUCGAACGUCUUCCACAACCUCCACAAAAACCACGCGAUAUUAUAAUUGAACGAUGGCUUCCCUAUGCAUCUCAAUCUCAACGUCGUACAGUUUUUGAACGUGCUCCUCCUCCGAUAAUAUAUCCAGAACCGCGUAAUACGGUUGUUAUUUAUGAUGCUGCUAAACCACACGUAGUCCGAAAAUUUCAGAACCUUGGUGUUAGCCCAGAAAAUCCUGCCGAUUAUGUAGCUCGUUAUGGGGGGUCACUUUUAGAUCCAGCGACACUUGUUCAAAUGGCUCGCGAUGCUGGUGUUCAUGAAGAUAUAUCACCUCCGGUUCAAGGGAUUCGCUAUCCUGGUUAUUAUGAAGAAACACCGUUUCCGGAAUACUCAUCGCCAACGCGUACAACUAUACACAGAACUAUUAUUGAUGUUAAUCCGCCAAAUUAA